UUGGCAAUUGACGGUGCCUCUCUCUCUAUUUGCAGGUGUGCUCUGAAAUGCGCAUUCCACAACUACCCCCUAAUCUAUAUAUGAGUGAGUGUAACAGUGAUAUCUCUCGACCAAUGUGAUUUGAUUGUCUUUUCUUUUUCUCUCUCUGCCAAUAUUAGCUCAGAACUGAUAGAUAUCAGUAUAUAUAUUGUCAUAAUCCUAAUACCAAUAAUAAUACUAGCAUUUCACUUCAUCCAAUCACCACAUCUCUUCACUACUAUUCUUGAUUUUCUCCUCCUUUUCAUUUCUCUCUACCAUUUCAUUUCCUUCUUUAUUAACAAAAGGAAAAAAAAAAGUCUUGUUAGUGUCUCGGUAUCUUUCUUUGCCUUGUUAAUUAAAUGGCUGAAGGAUUUGAACCUUACCAUGUCCCACAACAAAGCAGAAGAGAUAAGCUUAGAGUUUUACUUGAUGAUAAUAAUAGCUUACAAAAUUGUCAAGUUCCUCUUUAUGAUCCAUCCAUUGUUCUACCUUCAGAUUUGUCAAUUUUUCAAGAAAUUAAUGGCAAUCCUUUUCUUUAUACACCUCAAAUUCCAAGAUUUCUUGAUCAAUCUUUCCAUAGAACAGAACCGCUAUCUUCUUCAGUAACUAUAGCUCAUAAUAGUAAUACAAAUGGUCAAGGUAAUUUAUCUUUGUCUUUGUCAUCUCUUCAUCACACUAGUAGUUUUAAUAAUGACUUGUCAUCAAAGAGUACUACUACUGUUACUACUAGUUGUGUCCCACUUGGACCUUUUACGGGGUAUUCUAUAAUUUUAAAGAGAUCAAGGUUCUUGAAACCUGCACAAAAUUUGUUGGAAGAAUUGUGUGAUUUGGGCAAGGGAAUUAAUUAUGCUGAUGAUGAUGAUUCCAAUUUGAUAAUGGAUCCUCCACAAGCUUAUAGUAAUGGAGAUGAGCAAUAUGGGAAGAAGAAAUCCAGGUUAAUUUCGAUGCUUGAUGAGGUAUACCAAAAGUAUAAGGAGUACCAUCAGCAGCUACAAAUGGUUGUGGCAUCUUUUGAAUCAGUUGCUGGACUUGGAAAUGCAGCACCCUUUGCAAACAUAGCUUUAAAAACAAUGUCCAAACACUUCAAGUGCCUUAAAGAUGCCAUCACUGACCAACUACAAUUUACAAGCAAAUCUUCUCACAAUGGUCAUUUAAAUUGUGAAAGACAUUCAGAUCCUAUUCCAAGUGUUGGAAUUCCUGGCAAAGAACUCUAUUGCCAAAGACCAGAAACUCAACCUGUUUGGAGACCACAAAGAGGGCUACCUGAACGUGCAGUGACUGUUCUUAGAGCUUGGUUGUUUGACCAUUUUCUUCACCCUUACCCCACGGAUACUGACAAAGUAAUGUUAGCCAAACAGACUGGCCUCUCAAGGAAUCAGGUUUCGAAUUGGUUCAUCAAUGCAAGAGUAAGACUUUGGAAACCUAUGGUAGAGGAGAUACACAUGCUUGAAACCAGGGAGUCUCAUAAUAAAUCUUCACAAAGGGAAGGACAAAAUAACAACGAUAAUACUCCAAUUGAACAUUUUCCUACAACUAAUUCAUAUGCAUGUGAAAGUAGUACUCCAUCUACAUCUACACCAAGAUUACAAGGCAUUCCAUCAAAACGAAGCCGAAGUGACUUAGCAAAUAUUCCCAAUAAUAUUGGAAGAGCCGCGGAUUCAAUAAACUUAUCAUACGGCAAUUUGUCAAGUACUGGAGCCGGAGGUGGCGUGUCCUUAACCUUAGGACUUCAUCAGAACUCGGGCAAUAUUGGUUUAUCAGAGCCCUUCCCGAUGAAUGCAGCUCGACGUUUUGGUAUUGAAAAUAAUACGAAUAGUGGGAGGUUUAUGUUUGGUGGAUUUGAAGAACACAAUGUACAGUUUGGAAGAAAUAAUACGAUGGUUGGUGGGCAGUUUUUGCAUGAAUUUGCCGGUUGAAGAAGAUUUUGUGCUUUUGCAUUACAUGGGGCAAUGAAAGUUAUAGCAGGGUGUUUGGAGUGACAUUGUUCUUAUGGACAUAUUACUAUCCUAUUCGGAAAGCUUUUUCGUUACAUGCUACUGAUAUUUGCUCUGCCAUUCCGCCCAAGCAUGAUUGAAGAAGAGUUACGGGGCGUACUUCAAAAUUACGCCAUCGGGCAUAGUGUGUGUAAUGAUAAGCCUUCUAAAUUUGACCUUAAAAAACUAAGAGGCUUCAGUUUGAUGAUAUACUUCUCCAGAAUGCUGCUUGACCAACUGAGGCUCGUUCUUCAAUUGGAUGUUGAUCGCCAGGUUCUGAGGUAGUAGGUGUAUAUAUUUCAAUUUCAUGGUGUCUCUGCUUCUAGUUGCUAGUAAAUAUUGUUUGUUUACACUUCAUCCCUAGAAUACUUUCCAUUAUUUGCCUCUAGAAUACUUUCCAUUAUUUGCCUUCAUAUAUUUUUCUGAGAACAGAAGAUUAUGACUAUCUAUAUAAAGUUGUUUCAAGGAUUAA